CCUCCGGCUGCCCGGAGAACCUCCUUCUAAUUGGGCAGCGUGUGUCAGCCAUGACGCCGGAAGGCCGCCUCAUUGGUCCGGCAGUCCGGUCUUCGGCGGUUAAUCUCUCAGUGCUCAAGGCCCCGGCCCGCUUCUCUUCUUCUAACCAGGCGCCACCCCCUUCGUUCCGGUGCCCGGAGCUGCCAGCAGGAAGGGAUCCAGAGUGAACUAGGCCGGAGGCCUGGUGCCGUGCAUUGGAGAUAGAAGUUAGCUGUAGGAGGUACCUGCUUUCAGGCGUUUCCUGCUCAGUGGAGGAGAGUCACUUCGCAACGGAAUAUGACAAGUCCAGGUACCAUGACUACUCUGGAUGAUAAAUUGCUGGGGGAAAAGCUGCAGUAUUACUACAGCAGCAGUGAGGAUGAGGACAGCGACCAUGAAGACAAGAACAGAGGCAGGGAUGCCCUGGCUGGCACUUCUCUGCCUGCAGACGCUGAGCUGGCAGGCGAAGGCAUCUCAGUUAAUACAGGUCCAAAAGGUGUGAUCAAUGACUGGCGCCGUUUCAAGCAGUUGGAGACAGAGCAAAAGGAAGAGCAAUGCCGGGAGAUGGAAAGGCUGAUCAAGAAGCUGUCGAUGACCUGUAGGUCCCAUCUGGAUGAAGAGGAGGAGCAACAGAAACAGAAGGACCUCCAGGAGAAGAUCAGUGGGAAGCGUUCUGUUCUUUGUCUCUUCUGCACACUUGCUGGUCCCCUGCAGAUGACUCUGAAGGAGUUUGCCAUGAUGAAUGAGGACCAAGAUGAUGAAGAGUUUCUGCAGCAGUACAGGAAACAGAGAAUGGAAGAGAUGCGGCAGCAGCUUCACAAGGGGCCCCAAUUCAAACAGGUUUUUGAGAUCCCCAGCGGGGAAGGGUUUUUAGACAUGAUUGAUAAAGAACAGAAAAGCACCCUCAUCAUGGUCCAUAUUUAUGAGGACGGCAUUCCAGGGAAUGAAGCCAUGAAUGGGUGCAUGAUCUGCCUUGCUGCGGAGUACCCAGCCGUCAAAUUCUGCCGAGUAAAGAGCUCAGUUAUUGGGGCCAGCAGUCGGUUCACCAGGAAUGCCCUUCCUGCCCUGCUGAUCUACAAGGGGGGUGAAUUGAUUGGCAAUUUUGUUCGUGUCACUGACCAGCUGGGAGAAGAUUUCUUUGCUGUGGACCUUGAAGCUUUUCUACAGGAAUUUGGAUUACUCCCAGAAAAGGAAGUCUUGGUGUUGACCUCUGUGCAUAACUCCGCCCUCUAUCACAGUGAGGAUAGUGAUCUGGAAAUAGAUUGAACUGAUUGUCUGCUUGCAUACAUCUCUCAUUGUAUGGGCUGGAAGAUAUAUGUGUUUAGUUUUGUUCCUUCCUGUGUCUUCUGGCUUUCCAGCUGUUCUUUGUAGUCCCUUUUAUUAUGUGUAAAGUCAAGGAAGUUCUUAGAUUAAAUGAGAAUGCUGAAUCACCUUGUUAGUAAUAAAGCGACUUAAAAUUGUGUAAACAGGAAGCUAGGCUUUUGAACUGUUUACUUAAGAUUCUCUAGCAUGAUAUCUCUGUUGUUGUUUCCAGUCAAUAUUUAAAUAGUACCCUUUAAAACAGCGUCCUGUAAAUUGUCUUCAGAUGAUUUCAGAGGUCUCUGCCAGGUCUGAGAGUAUAAUUCUUUAGUGAAUGUGUUAUUUGCAAUGUAAAUAGUGUAUUUCCUUAAUCAAAUGAUUGCAAGUUAUACUCACUUGUAAUCAGGUCCGUAGCCCUAGAAGGCAGUUAAUUUCUCCCCCUAGACCCUCUUCUCUACUGAGGUCUUGUUUAAAGCUUCCAGAUUAUGCAUGUUUGCCCCAUCAAGAGGGUGACCUCUGCUGCUGGAGUCGACAUCCUGCUCAAACAUUAAGUCUGGAGUAGUAGGAAGGAUCAAUGCUGACUGUUCCCUUGUCUUGGAGAGACUAGCUUGACUUAAAAAUUGGAGUGUGGUGGGGCUGGAAAGCCCUUUUAAAGGACGAUCUUUAAGAUACUCCUGGUUUUGUCUUUGUUUUGUCUCUUAUUUAACAAUAUAGCUGUUUUGUUUAAUGUAGAUUUAUUUUUUAAAUUUCUUUUGGCAUAUUGGAAAAGUAAUUCAUGUUCAAUAGAGGAAAAAUUACCAAAAUAUGAAAACAAGAAAAUUAGAAUAAUCUCUAAUCCAGCCACCUAGAGUGAAACACUUAAUAUUUUGGUAUAUUUCCUUCCAAGGUAUUUUCUAUGUAUACAUAGAACAUUUGUUUUUAAAACAAUGGGAUCAUUCUGAACAUACCGUUUUAUAGUAUGUUCAGCUAAUAGUAUAUCAAACUUUUUUUUAUGUUAUUAAAUACUUUUCUACAAUGUUAUUUUUAAUGGCUCUUGAUACUACAUUGUAUACAUGUACUGUAGUUUGCUUGGUGUUUGUCUCUUAAAAAGAAAAGCAGCAAAGAGAUGUUUUUAUUGCAGAAGUAAUAGAUGUUCAUUGUAGAAAAUGUAAUCAAAAUUGAGCUAAAAAGAGAUUUAAAAACUUUAAAAUUCCCCAACCAAAACUAAUCCCUGUUGUCAUUUUUACAGCUAUCCUUAUAGUCUUUUAUUUCCUCUGUAUUUAUAGUAAUGGUUGUCAUUUGAAUUUUCCCCCUUGUUUUUUUUCUUUAAAAAUGUACAUUCUGGGGUUGGGGAAAAUAUAACUGGCAUUAAAUACUAGCUUUAAAAAUCAAUUUCAAAUUUUAUAACUACUCAGGAAUUAAAUGUAGCAGAGUUCUGCAAAUGGAUUUUGAAAGUAUCUGUUGUAGUUAGUCAACAAAAAGCACAUGGUUUUUCUGAUUUAAAAAGCAUUAUAUGCUCGUUGUAAAAGUGUGGAAAGUACAGAAAAUUAUUAGAAACAGUGACAGCUAUUGUCAAUGUACUGGUUGUGGUUAAGUGCCCAACUACUAGCUGAAAGGUUGGUGGUUCAAACCCACCCAGAGGUGCUUCGGAAGACAGGCCCGGCAAUCUGCUUCCAAAAGGUUACAGCCUUGAAAACCCUAUGGACCAGUUCUACUGUGUACAUAAGAGGUUGCCAUGAGUCAAAAUCCACUCAACAGCAGCUAAGAACAGCAGUCUUUUUUCAAUAUCUCUAAUAACAUUGAGAGCCUACUGAACUUAGAUCUGUGUCCUGCUGUAUUUAGCAUUACAUCAUAAACACUUUGUCAUGUUAUAAAAAUUCUAAAUAAAGUUUUUGAUGGUAUCAUAACAU